CGGCUAUUUGUUAUAAUGCGUAGCGCGUAUUAUAAAAAUGGGAAUCGGCGUUGUUACUGCAGUAUUCCCGCCGCCGCCGCCGCCAUGUCGCCGCUCACCCGCUCGCUAGUCGCGUUCGCCGCGCUGCUCGCCGCCGCCGACGCAAAUUCUGUCUUCGCCAACGCCGACUCAAAUCCUUUUUGCAACUCCGUGGCGACAGGCAACCAACGCUCGGACGGCGCGCCGUGGCAGAGGCCUAAUUUUGUUUUCGAGGUUUCCCGACCCAGUGGCACCGUUGACAUCCCUGAUAAAUGCAGCCAAUCCGGAAAAACGUUAGUCGCUCAAUCCAUCUAUGCAUGCAGCAGAGCCGGGCCUCCUUCCAUCUCCGUCGGGGGACAGCAGUUCUCUCCGAUAACGGUCAUGUGCCCGGAUACUGCCGGCGGCUGCUCAUUUAACGUUUCGCAGUUUUGUGAUGACUAAGACAUUAAUCAAAAGGAAUCUGAUUAUU